CUGAGAUAUAUGUAUGUGACACUCUAUUUCAAGUAUUAUAUAUAUCUAGUGGUUAACAAGUUUUUUAUUAUUGAAUCUUUAUGUGAUGUUCUAAAUUCCAUUAGGUAGUGAAUUGGAUGGCAAGCCAAUGGCCAGUUAAAACAAUUGGACCGGCUAUUCCAUCAAUGUACUUAGACAAGCGGUUGGAGGAUGACAAAGAGUAUGGUCUCAACCUCUUCAAGCCUAAUGUGGACGCUUGCAUGAAGUGGCUAGACACGAAGGAAAUUGGCUCUGUCGUUUAUGCAUCAUUUGGAAGCUUGGCAGCCUUGGGAGAAGAGCAGAUGGAGGAGCUAUCAUUGGGCCUGAAGAAUAGCAAUUGCUACUUCCUGUGGGUAGUUAGAGAAUCCGAGGAGAAAAAGCUUCCGGGUAAUUUUAUAGAGGAAACAACCGAGAGGGGGUUGGUUGUGACUUGGUGCCCUCAACUAGACGUAUUGGCUCACAAGGCAAUUGGGUGCUUCAUGACUCACUGUGGGUGGAACUCGACGCUUGAGGCAUUGAGCUUGGGAGUGCCAAUGGUUGCGAUGCCACAAUGGACUGAUCAACCAACUAAUGCCAAAUUCAUUGUGGAUGUUUGGAAGGUAGGCAUCAGGAUCAAAUUGGAUGAAAACAGCAUUGCGACCAAAGAAGAAAUAGAGUUUCGUAUAAGGGAAGUAAUGGAGGGGGAGAGAGGGAAAGAGAUGAAAAUGAAUUCAUUGAGAUGGAAGGAACUGGCUAUAGAAGCUGUAGACGAAGGUGGAAGCUCAGACAAAAACAUAGAGGAGUUUAUAACUAAACUUUCACACUCCUAAUGUUAAUGUAAUUAUAUUGAUAGCUCUACAUUCGAAUAAUGAUCUAGAAAAUAUAUGAUUUUACUAUUAGUAACUUUUUCUAUGCA